AACAUCGUGGCAGAGAAGAGAAAAGAAGGAAGGAGAAGGAAGCCAAGGUUCCGACGUUACCACCUGCACCCAUACCCGCACCAAUAUCCAUACCGAAAGCUCAGACCCCAAGCUCGACGCAUACACCCGUUCAGCCCGCAUGGCGGCCCAGUCAUCAGCUCCCUGCGCGCCCUGCACACAUCCCCUACACCAACGGACGUCUAUCACCUCCCCGCAGCAGAAGAGCAGCGCCUGUCAUGAAAGCUAAAAUGAUGAACUCAGCACUGAGCACUCGUUUCCCAGCAGUGAAUGACCUGGCGCCUAUGUCAUCCUCACACUCCUCAUCAUCAACACCCAUUCAUACCCGCGGUCGUCCUUCACAUCAUAGUUCUACUCACGCUCCGGCACCUCCAUCCCGCUCACCUUCCCCUAUUUCCCGGCGCCCAGGACAAGGGCGCCAUCAACAGCAGAGAGAGGCUACCAGUGCCACUGUCAUCGAUGUUCCUCGCCAAGAACGGCUUUGAGCAUGUUCGAAUAGACCUCACCGGUGGCGCGAUGAUAUCUAUCCGUGAAGAAGACGUGCGUGCGUUCUUCAAAGACUUCAAGGUCGACUGCGUCCUACGAGAUCACAACGCUUGGUAUGUUGCCUUUCAAACAAGCGACUCCGCACGACGCGCAGCCAUGGUGCUCAGCUCGCGAACACUUGGCCACCACUCGGUAACCCUCUCAGCUUGUCCUCCUCCUUCUCACGCCGCUCCUGUGGCCGCUGAAAAGACCAGCUGGACAAAGGAGGAGAUAGUUCAAAAAGCAGCAGAUACGAUCUUCAAAGAGCUCAAGGUUCUUUUAGAGAAGGACAUUACUGAGCGGGUGGCUGCUGCUGAUCUCCGGAAGCUGGUUGCAGACGAGAAGGCGAAAGUUGCAGAGUCGAAAGCUAGGGAGGGUCCAGAGAUGGUCAAUGAGCAACGGCCGGCUGAGAAGCGAGGUCUGAAGGGACUUUCCUUUCGGAAACCGAAGAGAAUAAGAGAGGAAGAGGCGAAGACAUCCGUGGUUGAAGAAGAAGCUCCUCUCGUUGAGCCGGAAGAGCCUGUACCCGUUGAACCACCAAAGAAAAAGCGGAAGAAAGAUAUCGUCCCGAAGAUUACGAGGGUGUCUGAAUUAGACUUGGAGUCCGAGGAUGAGGAGAACCUUGUACCCGAACCCCGGAAGCGGGCAGUUUCCGAGGUUCGUGAUGAGGAGCAGGAGCCUGUCAAGAAGAAGCCGAAGAAGGACGUUGUGCUCGAGGAUGAUGAACCACAUAAGAAGGCCUUGUCGAAGAAGAAGGUGGUCAAGAAAAAGUCAGCAGCCAAGGUGGUGGUCGACGAGGUCAUCCGGCCCGACGAGUUGGAUUUCAAUGUUCCUGCUACUGCCAACAUCCACAUCUCAACGGUGGAGUCGGUCUCGCGCUCGCCUUCUCCCGUGCCAGAACCACCACGGCCUCCGAGUCUUCCUCCUGAUCCACUCGAGCAAGGCAUAUGCAAUGACGAUGAGGACCUCUAUUUCGCUCGGCUGGCUAUGUCGGAUGACGUUCCAAGCGUGUCGCACGUCUUGCUGCCUCCUACCGAAACUGUACUAGCAUUUCGGAAGCAUCUCACAGGCUCAGCACGUACCGAAGGCUACUACAAGAUUUCUCAUACCGAGAAAUCAGCCUAUGUCGCUCAAUACGCCCUACGAUCCACGAACGUCGAAUCAGUCGCUCCAACCGAAGCACCCGCCCAACCUGUCACCUCUUCCCGCUCCAACCGCGCCAAUGCUCGCCGCCGCGCUCAAGGUCUGGAAGAGAUCAACCAAGUACAGCGAGCUGUAGCUCUUUCAAAAGGCGAGACAGCUGCUGCAGAACUGAGCAUCAAAUUCAACCAGCUCCAAACGCGGAAAAAGCAUCUCCGGUUCGCGAGGUCUCCGAUUCAUGACUGGGGGUUGUACGCUAUGGAGAGGAUCGCGCGAGGGGAGAUGGUUAUUGAAUAUGUUGGUGAGAUUAUUCGGGCUCAAGUCGCCGAUAAACGGGAAAAGGUGUAUGAGCGACAAGGGAUCGGAAGCAGUUAUUUGUUUCGGAUUGAUGAGGACCUUGUGGUGGACGCUACGAAGAAGGGGAAUCUUGGACGUCUCAUUAAUCACUCAUGCGAUCCGAACUGUACUGCAAAAAUCAUCACUAUCAACGGCGAGAAGAAGAUCGUCAUCUAUGCUAAGCAGGAUAUUGAACUGGGCGAUGAAAUUACAUAUGAUUAUCAUUUCCCCAUCGAGCAAGAUAAGAUUCCAUGUUUAUGUGGCUCUGCGAAGUGUCGCGGUUAUCUCAACUAGAAACAUGUUUGACGUUAUCCACUUCGCUCUCUACAUUGCACAUUCAUACCCUUCAAUGCUAUCGACAACAACGCUAAUUUACACUGCGCUAUGUAUCACUCACCUCGUUGCACACUCGUUCCCUUUGCAUGGCAUUGUUUAUUAAUGAUCAUUGGUUUCCACUGCUUGAUGGGCCUGUGAUUGCUACUUAGCAAGUCCAUGAGGCAAAUAUGGUGUUUUCUGCACCGACAUUAACC